ACUGCAGAAGAAAAAGUAUCAUGUGUAUCGAUGUGUAUAUAGGUGUGCCAGUUUGAGCGGUUUGAUCGGUUUGAUUGUUCGUUGGUUAAGUGCGAUCAAGUGCGUGUAGUGGUAUGUGCCGCACAAAUAGGGAGGUAGAAAGAGAUUUUUGUGCAUGAAAAAUGGCUUUGUCCGAGAUUGGAAAGGAGAGACGAGAAUCCACUCACAGACCAAAGGAAGGAUCACUCAGGCCAUUCUACAAGUGUAUCAUGAGUCUGUGGAUAUUAAUCCAUUCAAUAAUUGAUUGUAUUAUUGACGUAUUUUGUUCCUUCUUUUAUGAUGACUCAAAACGGACACAAAUUCCAGGGGUUAAGGAAUCUUUUCUUAUGGAAAGUGCUGUCUCUCUUGCAGAAAGAAUUAGGCACAAAGAGGUGAGUGCAGAAGAGGUAGUGCAGGGAUUCAUUAACCGUAUCCAUGAAGUGAAUUCACUGAUUAAUUCUGUGGUGGAUGAAAGAUUUGAAGCGGCUUUGCAGGAAGCAAGGGACGUAGAUGCUUUCCUAGCAUCGACUAAACUAACUGCUGAGGAGCUCAAACUUCAGAAACCUUUCCUAGGAGUGCCCUUCACUACAAAGGAUAGUACAGCAGUACAAGGUAUGCGUCAGACGUUGGGACUAGUGUCACGCCAAAAUGUAAAGGCUGCAGAAGAUGCAGAUGUAGUGAUCCUGUUGAAGAAAGCUGGUGGCAUUCUUAUUGCAGUGACUAACAUUCCUGAAUAUAAUUUGUGGUGUGAAUCCCGUAACAAUGUUUAUGGGCAGACAUUGAACCCCUACAAUACAACAAGGACUGUUGGAGGAUCUAGUGGUGGGGAGGCAAGUAUCAUUGCUACUUCUGGCUCUCCCAUGGGCAUUGGAACUGACAUCGGAGGGUCUAUUCGAAUGCCUGCUUUCUACUGUGGAAUUUUUGGACAUAAACCUACUACAGGCUUGAUAUCUACAAAAGGGCUUUCAAAAAGAACAGGCCAGGAAGAGAAUACAAUGGUGACAGCUGGGCCACUGUGUAGAUAUGCCCAAGAUCUUCUGCCAUUUCUUCAAGUAAUGGUUGGAAACAACAUCUCAAAGCUCAAGUUAAAUGCUGAGGUGUCUCUGAAGGACAUACAAUUCUUCUAUAUGGAGAAGUCUGGAGAUCUGCGUUCAAGUAGUGUUUGUGAGGAGAUGAGACUGGCCUUGAGGAGGGCAGUGUCGCACUUCCAGGACAUCAGUAAGAGUCCAGUUCAGAAGGUAAAGUUCUCGGAUAUGAGAUACAGCUUUAAAUUAUGGAGAUACUGGAUGACCAGAGAGCCAUUUGAUCUGGCAAAAGAACUGGCAGAUGGCAAGGGCACUGUUUCAGUGUGGAAGGAACUUCUCAGGAAAUUACUAGGUCAGAGUGACUUUACAUUUGCUUCAAUAAUGAAUCUUGUUAACCGCUAUGUACUACCCCAAGAAAAUUCUGAAUGGGCAGAGAGCACUACAGAGCGCCUGCUGUCAGAAAUACUGGAGAAACUUGGUGAUAAUGGUGUCCUUCUGUAUCCAAGCCAUCCAUUCCCUGCUGUUUAUCACUACUCAUCUCUCUUGCGUCCCUACAAUUUUGGCUACUGGGCUGUAUUCAAUGUGCUCAAGCUUCCAGUUACUCAGGUCCCCAUGGGACUGAACAAAGAUGGCCUGCCUCUAGGAAUUCAGGUGGUUGCUGCACCUUACAAUGAUCACCUGUGCAUUGCUGUUGCUAGAGAACUGCAGAAAGCCUUUGGGGGCUGGGGCCCUCCUUUCCCAGUAUAAAGUAUUCAUACCACUAAGGUAUGGAGUUUUUACUCUAAGUUACAGGGUAAUGGAAAGUGGCCAAAACAGUUAAACUUGGUGGAGGAGAAACACAUUUAAAAAUAAUUCCAUUUGUAGACUGCAGCUGGGUGUGAAGAUAUUAAUAUGGAUUGUAUGUUAUGUUUUAAGGGUUUCUGUUGCAUUCCAUUCCAUUUGUGAUAUUUUUUGUAUUAUGAAAGUGCAUUGUUAUGUACAGGUAAUAUUUUAUAAUGGCAGCUUGUGAAAUGGUGCUGUUAGAUGUUGUUAGUGAUGAAUAUUUAUGACUUCAUAGGCCCUCACUUCACAGAACUGUGUCUGCUGUCAUGUUGUCUGUAACCUCUCCAUUCGUAUUCAUGUAGUCUCCUUUUUUAGUCUGUAAUCUUCAUUUAUUCAUUUCACCAUAUUUUCUACUUGCAAGUUGGCUAUCUCAGCCAUUCUUCCUUUCCUAGAAUUCUCAUUACUACCCCAUUAAUGAACGUAACUUGAUCUGGAGUUAAAAUGUCGUCCAUUGACCUUUUCCACCAGAUGGGCUGUCCAGUGACAAACCCUUCAUUCUUGCACCUUCAUUCUUCUUUAUCACCCAGUGGUGUUCCCAUUGCAUCUGUAUCCACUUGUUUAUUUGGUUUGUCUUUUUUUUAUUUGACAUCUUAGUUUCUAUAGCCCUCAAAGGAGUCUUUACUGCCAUCUAUGCAUAACACUGCAAUUUGGCUGAUGUUUCUGCUUUAAAAUCUUGCAGAGUUAAAGACAGUUGUUGAAUAUUGUUUAAUCCAGCAAAGCAUGUAUACGUUAAUAGAUGCACUCACAGUGAAUUUAGUGGAAUCAGUUAUUUAUGUUGUUAUGUCUGUCUCUUUCUUUAACUCUGUGUCACUUACAUAGGUUAUAUAUAUUGAUCAGUGAAAAUGUUAGGAAUUGGUAUUCUUACAUUUGCUCACCAGUCUUAUGGCUGUAGUUUGAACUAGGAGCUUUUGCAGUGUGAUGCAGUUAUUAACAUAUACAAUGAAACAUAUGGUAGGAUGUGCUUUAUUCAAUGUAAGGCCCCUUAGUAAAGUGCCCAAUAUUUUUAGUUGCUUUGUUUUGUUGGGCUCAGUCAGUAGGGUUACUAGGCUAAACCUAGGCAACCAAAGAAUCAGUUUCAAUACCUGGUAAGAUAAAGAGGUUUUUUCCUUCCCUGUAGUAUCCUGACUUGUUCUGGUGCCAACCCAGCCUCCUUUACAAUGGGCAUGGGAGGUGACGUGACAGGGGCAUGAAUCUGACCACUCACCUCCUUUCAGUGCCAAGGUUAAGAAUAUGUGGAGCUCUGGAUCCACUUCACUGUAUGUUUUCAUGUUGUGGUGCUUACCUAAUUAAGCACAGGGAUAGUUUUAAUUGUGUAGCAGGUUGAUAACUGUGUCUGCCCACAUCAGUAUUCAGUGACUUGUCAUUUGAUUCACAGAGUGCAUUUAUAGGCUUGUUUAAUUUUCACAAGAAAUAUGAUUUAUUUUUAUAAAUGUAAAUAAAGAAAUGUAACAGAGAUGAUCUGUUUUUGCCUGGAGUUCAGGGCCAAAUUUUGAAAUAUAAGUCUUACCUUUAACGUAAAAGUGUUUUUGACAUCAACAGUACCAUUGCAUAUAACAAUAUUGUUAUUAUAUAUUGCAUUCUAGUAAAACUGUUUGCAUUUUAUACCUGUCAUAAUUGAAGGAAGCAUGAGGAACAGAGUUCUUAUAUAUGACCAAAACUAAGGUAAAAGUUGCAGUCCUAAUUUAAUUACUUUAUUCUUUUUGUAAUUUAUAAUAAAUAUGUUUGUUGGUAAAUGGAGAAAUCUUCAACAUUGAAUAAAAUGUCUUGUGAGGUCAGAUGGUUUAAUAGUUC